AUGACCCAAUUGAUGCAUCUGAAUACUAUCGACCGUGUUUCUUUAUCCAUCUUUGAAAAUGGUGAAAUUCAGCACGUGGGCGAUGGCCACGUUGUCGUUUACUCGGAUAAAAAGCACCAAAUCAUCCUACGCUUUGUCACCUACUAUGGCCAAGAAGCUGCCUCCAUCACCUUGACACCUCAAUCGAACGCGUGGCUCCAAACGGAUACAAUGCUUGUCUUUGAUCGUCAACAAGGAGGUCGUUGGAGAUUGGAUUGCAGUGCCUCGGAUCCUGAUGCAUUCUCUUCCUUGCAGGAUUUUCUCACAUACUUUAUAAAGUAUGAAAACCGUCAUCGACUACGCAACGCACUCGCCAUGAUGAAUCCCAUCUCUUGCAAAGUAACAGAGGUGAUUGCAAGAAACGUGGUGCUUGAAGAACAAGAAAACGAUGAUCCCAAGCGACCCGUAUUCAUGGAGAAUGCUGAUUUUUCGCCUGGAAGCCGUAGAGUGAAGCUCAUGUAUCGUACGGGUGACGCAUUGGUGGCUGGAUCAGACUGGCUUGCCUAUUCAAUCAUUGUUGCCGGAAGAGCAUUAGCACGUGGCAUCCAAGUACAAAGCAAAAAAGUGAGCAGUACUAUCGAGCCAGCAGAGAAAACAUUACGCCUUUCGCAAACGGAUCGACAAUACAUUGAUACAUUCUACAAUGUCAAUCGCACUCUUCUUAAAGGUGCCGGUGACCUUAUCAGCAAAGCAACCACAGCUGCAGCUUCAGGCAUCAACACAAUGUACAGUGACACGCAAAUGCACCAACGAGACCCGGUCCAAAAUGCAACACGUCAUCUGGGAGUAUCCCUGUUCCAUGCAGCACAUAAUGUCGUAGCAGGUUUAGCCAUGGCAACGGGUACUGUGUUGGCAUCUUCACGUGAUGGCGUUGUCGACAUGAUCUACAAACGAUAUGGCCAAGACGCUGGCUACCUUGCUGAAAAGGCCAUGGGAUCCGGUGGUGAUGAAGUAGCCGAUGUAUUGGUGUACUUUGAUAGCCGUGGUGUCGCUCGUCAAGUAUUUGUUGGUCCUUCUCCACCACGUACAUUGGCUCCUCCUCCUCCUUCUUCUUCUUCCAACAACAAACACGACUCAACAGCCGUCGACUCUGCCUAUGAUGAUGAAUUUGCACACGAAGAAGAAGAGCAAUGUGAAUCAUUCCGUUCCAUGAUAUUCAGCUAUGAUCCAAGUGAGGAUGAUGAUGCAUUGCCAGUUACCUCACCUGUGCAUCCUCUCGAUCUUGCUUCACAAGAAAACCAUGACACCAAGGAUGAAAAGGAUGCUCCAGCAGUUAUCAUGGUAUAA